AUGGCUUCGAAUCGCUCGAAUAGUCGGGCCUUCAAUGAGGUAAUAUUCAUUUUUUUUUUGAAAAAAAAUCCCAAAAAACCAUUUUUCAGGAAGAUCCGGCUUGGAAGCAUUAUUGGUCGGAAACAUGCCUUGAAGUUAUUUUCAUCAUGACAAGAUUUAGGUUAGUUUUUCGUAUUUUUUCGAAAAAAAAAACAUUUUAUUUAUCGAUUUGUUUUUAGAGAACAUCUGGAAUUGCCCGAAUUCACACAUUUGGAGUUUGAAGACGAGUUGAUGAAAGAGCAUAAAAAUUAUGGAGCUGAUGAAAUGUAUGUUUAUCGAUCUUUGUUGUUGACACAAAUGUUGGAAGUUCUUCUCAAAAAGGCUUUGAAAAAGGAUGCGUGAGUAUUUAAUUUCAAAAUAUUUAUUGUUAAUUCAAGGUAUAUUUUCAGUACUACUGAACUCGAUGCUCUCCUGAUUCUCUUCAUGAACCGUCAUAUAGAACAACACCCGUUCAAAGAUUUGAAUACUUUGGAUAUUCAUUGUGUUCCAACUGGCGUACGUUUUUUCUAGAACAAUUUUAUAAAUGUAUUGGUUCAUUUUCAGGUCAAACUUUGGAUCUACCUUCAACUUUUGAACUAUCAUUGCACCACAACUGAUUCACAAGCUAAUGAUUCGGUAAGUAAUCAAACAUUUUUUUUUUGCAAAUUAUAAAAUUUAAUUUUUCAGUUUUUCCAAUGGAGAAUCCCUGAUUUUUUGCGCGCAAAAGAAUUUCAUCUUCAAGACGGUACAAAACUCUUCUACAUGCAUGAUUUGCGCCUCUUCAAACAACAUCCAGCAUCUGAAUUUGCAAAAAGAAAAUCAGGAAUUUCUGAAGAACAUUUGGAGAAAGAAGUCUGGAAAGAUAUUUAUUUGGAUGUUCAUCGUGGAACACAUUAUGAAUGUUUGGCAAAUGAUCAUGAUUCAUGGAUGGCUUAUAUCAAAAGUUUGGGACCUGAAAAUAAGAAACAAGCGACUGAAAUGAGAUCGGUUUAUAGAAUCUUCGUGAAAGACAAUUUUCAAAGAGUUAGUUCACCGGAAUGUUUCUGAAACACAUUAUUUGUUCUUCAGCUUUUCAACUCUUGGGCACAUCAAAGAGCAAAUCGAGCAAAAUUGCACAAUUUGUUGGAUAUAGAGAAACGUAGAAGUUUGGGAUUGUUCAGAACAAGUUCACGUAUUCAAAAUAAACGUCUUCUUGAAGGAGCAACUAGUGAAGAAAGCAAAACUGGAGGAGAAGAGAAGCAAGAAGCAAAAGUUUUGGUGAGCUAAUUUUAAAUGUUUCACAUUAAUUUGAUACUAUUUUCAGAGCCGUGAUGAACGAAUGCUGAAACGUGAAGAGCACAAAGAGUUCAUGCGCGAUUUGAAUCUUCAAGUUGAAAUCCCAAAGACUCAAAAUUCCAAAGAUUUCGAUUCUCCACAGUAAGAUUUCAUACUUUUACAGAACUAUUCAAAAUUCAGUUUUUUUCAGGAAUCUCUCUCCAAUUUCGUUAAAAGAAGUUGAUGUUGAAAAUUUUCGUCUAACAAACCCACCAAUUAGUCCACAACGAGAUACAUUUGAACAAAACAAUAUCAAUGAUAAAUUUGGUGUGCCAGAAGAAACAAUUGAAGCUGUUGUCGCAAGUCUAACUGCUUUGCCAAACUUGGAAUCAACAAGCCAAACAAUUGAUCCAACAACACUUGGACAAAUCUCGCCGAAAUCUAGAAAAAGAAAAUUCGAUGCUCGUAUGACAGUUGAAGCAUAUCUCGCAGCAACAUUACCACCAACACUCAAACCAAAAAUGAAAUCAUUCACCAAGCGAUCAAGGCUCAACACAAGCAGCAUUCCGUGUGAGCCAAGUAGCAGUGGAACUGCUAUUUUAGCAUGUCCUUCUGAUUGGAAUCCAACUGUUAAACCAACAAAACCACCAAUCAAAAGAAGUGCAACUCAAAAAUCACAAAAUCAUCCGGAAAUGAUGUAAGUCGCAAACAAAAGAAACAUAUUUCAUAGCUAUUCUAUUUUAGGAACCGCCAAUUAGCCGUUCGAGUUUUCCGCUAUUUCUACAAUGAAAUUUUCGUAUCAUGGGCUACAUUCUACAAAGUUCAGGUACAAUUUUUUCAGCGGAAAAAAAAUGAAAUUAUAAAAAAUAAAAUUUUCAGACAAUGCCUCCAGAUUUGUGCGCAUUUUUUGAUGGUCUUCCAAGAGAUGAAAGAAAAAAUGAGUGA